AUGUCCCUCACUGUUCCAGCGGGAUGGACACAGAGUUCUGGAUGUUUGCCGUCCGGGGACCUCUGGGGGUGGGCAGUUUCAGAAGGGUUCUACGCUGACAUGUUUGGCGGUCCAACUGUGACGAGCAGCUGCUACCCCCCGAGUUACCAACCGACAUCAGGCGUCGUAUAUGCCACUGAUUCAUGCCCGGAUGGAUUUUCCCGAGCUUGUGCGACUUCCACGGGCGUGAGCUCGUUCACCGUCUGCUGUCCGACUGCAUACCCGUUCAGCUGCCAGGACCCUAUGCUACUAGACGUUGCAACCUUGUUCUGUCGGUCGAGGCGCCCUGGUGCGACCAGCAGAGAAUGGGUAACCUCUUCCUUCACCAAAUUUGCACCGGGACUGCAAAGCGUCGAGACGUACACCGCGACGAUAAAGGUGCGGGACGUAGACACGCCGUCACCGCUGGUGGUCACGACCUCCGGACCGAUUGUGGCCUCGGACAUUCGUGCCCCCGGGCAGGAACUCUUUGCAUUGCCCGUUUUGAUUACCGGUACCUCAACAGGUUCCACCAGCACCGCGCAGACAUCUACAACCGACACCAGUGGCACCAACUCUGCUGCUAGCACAGAACAGGCGGCCAGCGACCCUGCCACCAGCUCGACGACAUCGGCGGCGUCCUCGAGCGGCGGCCUCUCGACUGGAGCGGCGGCAGGGAUCGGCGCCGGGGCGGGAGUCGCCGGGCUCCUGCUCGCCUGCGGUGGCUGGCUGCUAUAUCGCCGUGGGGUCGCGAGGGGCCGUAGGUCGGGCGCAAGGUUGCAUGCUAAACCGGCAGAGGAUGAAAGAAUCACGGCGGCGCAGCCGCCUCCUCACGGCUAUCAUCAUACGAAUUACCAAACGCAUGAGUUAGAGCUGGCGCCUUCCAGACCGACAGAGUUGGAGACGACACCUCCUAGGCCGAUAGAACUAGACCCGGCUCCACCUAGACCGAGGGAGCUGGAAUAG